GCUGGUUGAUGGUAUCGGGUUUUCUUAUACCAAAAAAGGAAAUCCAAGACGCGAUGGAACAGUUAUUUGGCGAUGCACGAUACGUCCAAAGAUUAACCCAUGCAAAGGAAUGGUAUCUUAUAAUAACAACAGUUACACGCUUUUUGUGUGUCAUACUUGUACGGAAAGGAAGGGAAUUGCUGUUAAGGCAGCUGUCACGGCUUCAGCCAAAGAAAAAGCAUUGAACGCCGUUUACGACUCUGCCAUGCAAAUUUUGGAGCCAAUAUUAGUUGACCAGUUAGAGAAAAAAGGUGGUGGAGUGCAGCUUCCCAAUCCCAAUUUAGUCGUACGAUCAAUGAAUCGAGCGAGACAGUCUGUUCGCCCACCUAACCCAACUGAUCUCUUCUUCGAUAUCCAAUACAGCUUUAUUCCUGCGGACUUUCUUCGAGCAGACAUUUCAGUCGGUGUUGGAGAAAACCAUCAUCGUCACUUGAUCUUCGCCACAAAAGAACAAAUUGAUAAACUUAGGACGGCCAAACGCAUUUAUUUAGAUGGCACAUUUAAACUUGUGAAAAAGGGCCCAUUCAAACAACUUUUUUCCCUUCACGCCUUCAUUCGAAAGGAUAAUUUGAUGAAGCAGGUACCUUUAAUGUACAUCUUGAUGUCUCGUCGUACUGCGAAAGACUACAAAAAAGUAUUUAAAGAAGUUCGUAAGAUAGCGGGCCCAGAGUCAGAAAUUAAGGAAUUUGUAUCAGAUUAUGAGCGAGCUAUUUGGAGGGGGGUUGAGGAUGUUUUUCCUAAGGCAUCAAUGUUUGGGUGCGCUUUUCAUUGGACGCAGGCCGUCUUUAGACGAUUAAAAAAGAUUGGACUAGUAAAUUUAUACAAUCAGAAGGGGGAGGUCUACAUUCUUCUUAAAAAACUUCUUUCUCUUCAUCUUCUUCCAUUUGAAAAGAUCCCAAAAAUGUUCGCUGAUCUAAAAUCUCAAUCCCUAUCACUAGAUGUUAAUUUAACGCAAGCCAAUCUCCUUAAAAAGUUUUUUGAUUACGUUGAGAAACAAUGGAUCACCAAUCCCAUUUGGCCGACAACAAAGUGGACUUCUUUUAACCAAGUCAUCCGCACAAACAACGAUGCGGAAGGAUGGCAUUCUCGUGUCAACAAUAGGACUAGACAAAUGGGACUUAAUUUUUAUGAACUCAUAUCCGUUUUAUUUGAAGAAGCUAAAACUAUCCCACUUUAUGCGAAACUGUUAGGACAGGGGAUUGAUAUGAGGGAACAAAGGCAGGAGACAAGUGAUUUUCAUAAGGAGCUCUUUAGUAUCUGGGGGUCUUAUUCCGCAAGGGUGAUUAGGACUCCUACGCUUUUAGAUAAGUUAUUUGAACUCUACACCAAUAAUAAUAUUUACAUCACAGACGCGGAUGUUGAUGAUGAACGUGAUGAUGAAGAGUGAUAUGUUAAUGUGAUGUUAAUCUGUACUUUGGUUGGCCGUAAUACAUUUUUUUUGGUUGGCCGAAAGGGACAUUUUUUUGGCCGAAAUGGUCUUUUUUGGCCGAAAUGGUAUGACGAAUUCGGCCUGGUUUGGUCACUUCGGCCUGCAUACAGCGGGCCGAAGUGACCA